GGGAAAAGGGGGACAAAUGGGGCUCUCACUGGCACAGGAACCGGGAGCAGCUUGUUGCCUGCCCGCCUUUCCUUCUCUCCUUGUAAAUUGUCUAGGUACCCCACCUUGGGCACAAGAAGGGGAAUCGUGGCCCCAAGCUUCCCUCGCGAUAAAUGAGCAAGGCAGGUGCUGGUAGGGAGCCUUUACAGGCGGUCUCUUUGCUCUGCCCCCAAGGGAAUGGUGAGGAGGGUCUCCGCUUCCCCUCUCCAGGGUCAAAGAGCCAAGUUAGCCCAGCUGGCCGCAAGACGAUGGAACUUCUCCGCCCCAACCUGAGGGCAGAUGCUGCCUGAGUCCACCUCGGGCCGGCUCCCUGUCCUCCCUCAUCUUGGUCCUGCCUCAGGAAGCUGACUGCUGGGAUCUGCUCUCUGCUUAUGGCCAGCAGUGUGUUCGAGACUUGGCUUUCUUUCUCUCCAAUGUGAACAAGAGCAGCAACUAGUUCUCUGGGGAGCAGGCCGCAGCCCCUAGGAUUCUGGCUCCUAGCGUAGACCCAGGGGCAUUGGAAAUUAGGGGCAAGUGAGGAAAUGGAGUUGAGCUGUGAAAGAAAGCUAGGACUGGUUCGAAGGUUGGACCUAAAAGUUGGGGUUGAUGAAUGGCCCAUGGAAAAGUCUUAGGAAAGCGGAAAGGGCUUUGGAGGGUUGCACUUCAGCAGUCACCGUCUUCAGGAAAGUCUUUGGAUUCCAAGGCCAUGCUCAAACUCAGAAAAUGAGAUACAAGGCAUCCUUGGUGAUGAGGAAACGAUUACGGCUUUACCGAAACACUCUGAAAGAAUCAAGUAGCAGCUCUGGACACCAUGGCCCCCAGCUCACCGCCGCCUCCAGCCCCUCGGUGUUCCCGGGCCUCCAUGAGGAGCCUCCCCAGGCCUCCCCCAGCCGUUCUUUGAAUGGACUCCUUCGUCUGGGGCUCCCUGGAGACAUGUACGCGCGGCCAGAGCCCUUCCCGCCGGGGCCUGCGGCCCGCAGCGACGCUCUGGCAGCUGCCGCAGCCCUGCAGGGCUACGGGGGCGUGAACCUGACGGUGAACCUCGCCGCGCCCCACGGUCCUGGCGCUUUCUUCCGCUACAUGCGCCAGCCCAUCAAACAGGAGCUCAUCUGCAAGUGGCUGGCGGCCGACGGCACCGCGCCCCUGCGCCUCUGCUCCAAAACUUUCAGCACCAUGCACGAGCUGGUUACGCACGUCACCGUGGAGCACGUCGGCGGCCCGGAACAGGCCAACCACAUUUGCUUCUGGGAGGAGUGUCCGCGCCAGGGCAAGCCCUUCAAAGCCAAAUACAAACUUGUAAAUCACAUCCGCGUGCACACGGGCGAGAAGCCCUUCCCUUGUCCUUUCCCGGGGUGUGGGAAGGUCUUUGCUAGAUCAGAAAAUCUCAAAAUACACAAACGAACUCACACAGGCGAGAAGCCCUUCAGGUGCGAGUUCGAGGGCUGCGAGCGGCGCUUCGCCAACAGCAGCGACCGCAAGAAGCAUUCGCACGUGCACACUAGCGACAAACCAUACACGUGCAAGGUGCGCGGCUGCGACAAGUGCUACACGCACCCCAGCUCGCUGCGUAAGCACAUGAAGGUGCACGGGCGCUCACCGCCGCCCAGCUCUGGCUACGAAUCGGCUACACCGUCUGCCCUCGUGUCGCCCUCGUCAGACUGCGACCACGAGUCUCAGGUGGCCUCCUCGGCGGCGGUGGCGGCGCAUGGCGCCGACUUGAGCGAAUGAUGUCCACCUCGUUGCUCGCAAGGUAAUCUCGCUCCGCGCAGCUGAGCGCCCCGCAUCUCGCGCCUGCGACAUCAAAGGGUCCGCGCACAAAGCAGUGUUUCUUCGCCACGGUGCAUCUUCAUGGUAAGUUAGGAUUUCUAUGGCAAUGGGCAAGUCGCAGUGAAAUCCUGAAAGGCCAAGCCUGGAGCCCGUCCAGGCUUUUCAUUAAGGACAUAAUAUUUACGUCUAACAGACCUUUUUUCUUGUGUAUACAAGUAUAUAUUUUUGUUUGACGCGGACUAAAUCAUUUUCAUUUAAUUUCCGGUAAACAAAACCCACGCGAAUGGGCACUUGUACCCGAUCAUAAUAAAAAUGGAUAAUAAUGUGAAGGAAGAAAAGAGCCGCUUGAAUCGCCGCUCAGCCCUCUUUGUUUCUGCUUUCUGCGGUGAUCAGAGGGCGCAUUUGGGUUUGAUGGCGAGUUUCUAAAGGCGAGGAAAUGGUUUGUAAGAGGGGAAAGAAAAGGAGAAAGGUCUAAUCAAGCUCGGGUUGUUCAAAGAAUCGGGUUUUGGGGUUGAAAGUGUGAGUUUGACGGUGCAUCAGCAUGCCGCGUUAGGCUCGCCAUGGAAAUAAGCGCGGGGAGCGGUCGCUUCAAAGGCGGCACACUUCACUACAGACACUCUAUUAAGAUACAUUUGCGCUGACCUUUGCUUUCACGCCAUUUAAUACUGUCACUGCGCUCUCCAGUAUAUACUUCCUUCCUAGAACCCGACUUGCCCACGUUUAGGGGUUCACCCUGCACCCUGAUGUGGGAGGCUUUGGUGCAGGGGACACUUUCAGGAAAGGGAGGAGCAGGACUCCGUGCCUCUUGACUGCGCCCCAAAGAGGCUCCAGGGUCAGGAGUAAAUAAUUUUAAAGCAGCCUCAGAAGCUUAACAAAUGAGCAUUCCUAGCUCAGUUUUGUGCAAGUCGCCUUUCUGACUCCUGAGUAGGAUGGAGGCUUAAAUUUGAUGGAGACUUGUGGGGAAGGGAGUCACCCUGGGGUGUCUGAGGAGUUCAAAUUGUACCCUUGGGACAUUUCCUCUCUGGCUUUCUGUACCACUCUUCUUCCUCUCCAUCCCAUAAUUCUCUUGCGACCCCCCAAACUUGUUUCUUUCUAAGGCAGUGUGUGUGGUACCCUCAGGCCUGAACUUGUCCUAGAUGCAAACUCAAGAGCCCAAGGCCAAGGGGAUGUGGGGAAGAUGGCAGGAAAGUUAGAAGUCCAUGUUCCCUUAAUUGUCUUGUUGUUUAUUUUAUCCAAGUACCCCAGUGAAUAGGGGAAAAAUAAACACGGUGAAAAAAAAAUCAAACAGUGGAGUCUUCUUUAGUGCCAGUCCUUGUGGUUGAAUAAAAAGGAUGGUCCGCUUUCUAUUGAGCUGAGAAAUCUUUGAAGUGGGAGUUAUUAUCUAAGACAUUCCUGCUUGUCGUCCUAACAACGCUGAUGAAACGUAAAAGGUUCUUUGUCAGCGAUUUGUUCUCCUCUCUGUCAAACUCCCUCUGCCCCGUUAGUUUCAAACCGUUUCUAAAGAGAUAAAAAUCAAACUUCUUUAAAAAAAGAAUCCACAUACUGCACCAAUACAUAACUUUAGGGCUAAGUCUUGCUAAGGGAUAAACAAAAGCAAUGCCUAGACAUCAGGGUCAGGGCCUGGCCUGGUGAAGUAUGCAGAUGUUGGGGGGCCCUUGGCACAAGCUUUGGGACUUAAGGAAAACAAUGAGAGAAGGUGCAAGCAGAAUACAAACCCUAAGUCCAUAAUUGAGUGCCUGCUUCUUUCUGCUCUGGCUUUCACUCAGCACAAGUUGGGUCACCUGGAUGGGUUUCUGGGUACCCCUCUGGCUCCUAAUAUUCUUGCCCAGGAUCUGUGGAACUUAAGACUGCAGCCAAGCAAUUGUUAAUAUCUCCCACUCCUUCAAAGACACCUCUGCUAAAAAAUAUACCCAUUGUGGGUUUCUUCUCACUGGCAGCAAUCAGAAAGCCCUUUCUGCCAUUGAUAAGAAGGAGAAUAGGUGAGGGAGAGAGAUGUUUUAUUAAUUUCCUGUUUCCUUCAAAAUCUUGGCAAUUGAAGUUUAGAAGGUUUGGUCUACAACAUAGUGAUCCAAAAUGCAUGUAAAUGCCCAUCCUCCCCCUCAUCCACAUGUGCAGUUCUUCAUUUUAUGUUGUGCCCAGGAAAGAAACCAGUUCAGAUUUUCCCAAACUUCCUGUUGUGGUUUUAAAGGUGAUUUAAAUAAAUAAGAAUGUGCUGGUCCCCCCACACUGUGUGUGCUGUAUAAAUGAUUUGUAAAGAAGUUUUUCCAAGCUGUAACCCAUGCUGUUAUUAUAGUUGCUGCAAAAUGUUGUUUCUGAUAUUGAUUUUAUUUGUUAACUGGAGGUCUCCAUAUGUUUGUUUAUAUUGCUAAUUUAUGGGAAAAUGUAAUAAUUGCAAUGAAUGCGAAUUACACAGACAGGCAAACAUUUUGUAAUCAUAAUUCACAUAUACACAAAAGCCUGGCUAAAACCUUAGACUGUUUGUACCCUCUCUACCCACACUGUUUGUGAUUUAUCAUCUGUCUCCUUAGUGUCAUUUAAAUUAUGAACUAACUUGAAAAUAAAAAGUUGUUUGACUGAAAGUGAUUGUUGAAUGAACAAAGUUGAAAGCCAUGGCUUGAUCUUGUAAAUAUGUAAAUGCAAAUGAUAUUAAAUCUGUGAUUUCUUUCUCCUCCAAAGGCCUUUGUGUACAUGGAGCUCCAUUUGGCUAUUUUCUUUGGAAAUAAAUGAUGUGACGUUUCCCUUCCUCUUUUGAA